GACGCUCAGACAGAAGCAGAUGAAGUUCAUUAGUUCAUUACUGCUGUAAUUUGCAGGAUGCAGAGGCUGAUGUUCCUCCUGAUGUUGACGCAGUCAUGUGCGGAUAAUCCAGCAUUCAAAGCUCUUCUGUCAGAGAAGGCUCUCACAGACUUGUCUCAGAUGAUGCCUGUCUGGAUACAAAGCAAAAUGAAGAGCACCGCAAUCCCAGACAUCCAUGAUCAAGUGGACAUUGGCAUCGGCUGGGUGAACUACGUCCUCUCACACAUGCGUGUCGUGCAGUGCGAAACAGCUGAGCCGUCGCUGGUGUUUGUGGAGGGAACAGGACUGUAUCUGGAGGUCCGUGAGCUCUCAUUGGCUGUUUCUGGCAGAUGGAGAACAAAGUUCGGCAUCAUCACAGACAGCGGCUCGUUUGAUGUGGAGGUCUACAAUAUAUACAUCCGUGUGGUCCUGGGGGUCGGGGAUAAAGACGGUCACCUCUCCAUCAGCAGCGAAUCCUGCAGUAAUGAUGUAGGAAAUGUCUACAUUCAGUUUCACGGAGGAACAAGCUUCUUCUAUCAGCUGUUUGAAGAUUAUUUCAGUGGAAAAGCCUCAGACAUGAUACGCCAGAAGAUCUGUCCAGCAAUCCAACAAGCAGUCACUAACAUGGAGACAAUUCUGCAGGAACGAACCGUGAACAUACCCGUGGAUAAGUAUGUUUAUCUGAGUGCUCCCCUAACCUCCGCCCCGGCCGUGACCGAUCAGAGCUGCCGAUUAGAGGUUAAGGCUGAGUUUUACAGCAGGCGUUCUCCAUCUGAACCUCCAUUCUCCGCCCGUGCGUUUGACCUUCAGUAUUCAGACAAGCACAUGCUUACACUGGCUGCAUCCCAGUUCACGGUCAACUCAGCAGCGUUUGCGUAUCUCAGAUCUGGGGCUCUUCAAACCAACAUCACAGACGACAUGAUACCAAAGGGUUCCCCGCUGCAUCUGAACACCAGUCAGUUUGGGGUCUUCAUCCCACAGCUGCGCACAUUAUACCCCGACAUGAAGAUGCAGGUGCUGUUAUACGCCAGCGACAUGCCGCUGUUCUCCUUCACUUCAGGCCUCAUGAACAUUCAUGUGAAGAUGGCAGCAAAGUUCUCCGCUGUUAAAGCUGACGACGCUCUGGUGCCUCUUUUCACACUGAAUGUGGACAGCAGAUUCAGCGGAAUCGCUCAGAUUAGCAAUCAAAAACUGACCGGAGCUUUCAAAGUGAACAAUAUAACACUGACUGUGGGAUCAUCUGAGAUUGGAGAUUUCAAGACUGACACAAUUAGGCAAGUGUUAGUGAUCGCCGUCAACACCAUUAUCCUGCCAAAGCUAAACGCUCGUCUGAGGUCCGGCUUUCUCUUGCCCACGCUGCAGGGAUUUAGCUUGAGUAACUCUCAACUGCUCAUCAAAAACGGCUUUGUGGUCAUUUUUACCGACAUCAGACUCCCUGAUGGGCUGAAUGCUCCAUAACGGCUCACAUGUCAACACAAACCACAGGCGCUCGACAGAACUCUGCUGUUCAUUAUACAGCCAACUGCUUUUGUGUUGUCAUGUUUUGUGUGAACAAACUGCUUAUACGUUUCCCAGUGCUGGGUUGCUGCAGGAAGGGCAUCCACUGCCUAAAAAAUACGCUGGAAUAGUUGGCGGAUGGUUCCGCUGAUGAACCAAGGGAAAAUGAAUGAACUGCUGUCAUUGGCUGUAUGUGGUUGUCUCUUGUUUUGAGCACACGGCUUUGUUUUGUUUCACUUUCUGCCUUGCACUUUCAUCAGUCUCCCCCAUCUCAUCUCUUACUGUUACCUGACACAUCUCCAAAUUACCUAGGGACGACUGGCUGUAAUUCUCCAUUCCAGUGAGUAAAGCUGGGUACCAUAUGAAUGUUAUCAAUUCUUUAAUUAUCAAUUAAUUAAAUGAGUAAACAGUGG